UAACAAACAGAUCAAAUCUGAUAUUCACUUUAUCAUAUCAAUAAUUUUGUAGAAUAGCUCCAGACGAACAACUUGUAGAAUACGUUCCAGGUGGAGUUACUCGAAACACAAUUUCUGGCAGAUCUUCCUUCUACCCCCUUCAAACUCAGCCGUCCAUCUUCUUCAUUCAGAUUCAGAACAAUUCAUUACUCUCUCUUUCUCUGCAUAUACAUUGAGAGGGAGGGAGCAGAGCAACCCCUGUUAGACUAUUACAACAAUGGGGGCGUAUCGGGCGGACGACGAUUACGACUACUUGUUCAAGGUGGUGCUGAUCGGCGACUCGGGAGUCGGAAAAUCCAACCUCCUCUCACGGUUCACCCGCAACGAGUUCAGUCUCGAGUCCAAGUCGACAAUCGGCGUCGAGUUCGCCACUCGCAGCAUCCGCGUCGAUGACAAGGUCGUUAAGGCCCAGAUUUGGGACACCGCCGGCCAAGAACGAUAUCGUGCGAUCACGAGUGCCUACUACCGAGGAGCUGUUGGUGCAUUGCUAGUCUAUGAUGUCACCCGCCACGUCACCUUCGAAAACGUGGAGAGGUGGCUGAAGGAGCUGCGCGACCACACAGAUUCCAGCAUUGUCAUCAUGCUUGUGGGGAACAAAUCCGACUUGCGUCACUUGAGAGCAGUCUCGACUGAAGAUGCACAAGCGUUUGCUGAAAAAGAGAGCACAUUUUUCAUGGAAACCUCUGCCUUGGAGUCCAUGAAUGUUGAGAAUGCCUUCACUGAGGUUCUCACUCAAAUACACCAUGUUGUUAGUAGGAAGGCUCUCGAUGCUGGGACUGAUGUCGCAACUUUGCCCAAAGGACAGACCAUUAAUGUUGGCGGUAAAAGUGACGUUUCAGAAGUAAAGAAGGCUGGUUGCUGCUCUUCUUAGAGCAAAUACACAAUCCAACGCCAGUAGUCUAUUGAGUUUUCUUCUUCUAUUUGUUGUGUUCUUAUAUUUAAAACUGACCUGCCAUUAAGUUGUAAUUUAUGGUCCUAAGCUCCAAGCCUUAGGGUUCAUACCAUACACGAUUUAUCCUUUUUUGCUCUACGGUGUAUUAAUUUAUGGCUGCUUGUUGGCGUCUUCUGGAUAUACUAAUCCGAAGAAUAUUUCAUUUGGGUUAACUAUCAUGGAUUAAACAAUGAGACUGGAAGAGAGAUAAGAGCCCUCCAUCAUGGCUCCAUGACAAAUAAUGCAAUAACGGAGUCCAUGUUGAAACUCUAGGAUCUUGUUGCCUUCUUGCACUCAUGCUUUCCCCGUGUUGUUAAUUUGUUAUGAAGAAUGACUGUAUGAUAGUAAAUGAUAUUAUUU